AUGGGGGCCCAGCAGGCAAAAGAACGCGGUUCUGCGAGCGGCGCCUCUAUUCGAUCAACACGGAAUAAGCCCCGUGUGCCAAAGGAUCCCCGUAUACUUGGCUCAAAUAUAUUCACUGAACAUAGUGAAGCGUUGCUGCAAAGUCGUCCGCUUCCCCAUAUACCAGAUUUACCAGAUGGGGAGGCAGCUGCACCACCAUUGCCACAACCAUUGGACUCGGCGAACAGAUGGACUUCCAAAGAAAAUCUAUUGGCGCAUCACGAAGAAGACGAUCCUCAGCUCUUCGUUGCGCUGUACGACUUCCAGGCUGGUGGAGAAAAUCAGCUGAGCCUGAAGAAAGGUGAACAAGUGCGUAUAAUGAGCUACAACAAAAGCGGCGAGUGGUGUGAAGCGCACACGUUGGGCGGCGGUGUGGGAUGGGUGCCUAGUAACUACGUCACACCUGUCAACUCAUUGGAGAAGCACUCAUGGUACCACGGUCCCAUUGCUCGUAAUGCGGCUGAAUAUCUUCUAUCAUCGGGGAUCAACGGAAGCUUCCUUGUCCGUGAGUCUGAAUCGAGUCCCGGUCAAAGAAGCAUUUCCUUAAGAUACGAAGGACGCGUGUACCACUACCGCAUUAAUGAAGACUCCGAUGGAAAAGUGUAUGUGACGUCGGAAUCCAAAUUUGGGACACUAGCAGAACUAGUUCAUCACCAUUCGGUUCUUGGCGAUGGUCUUAUCACCCAACUGCUCUACCCUGCGCCGAAGCGAAACAAACCAACUGUGUUUCCUCUGGCGCCACCUGACGAGUGGGAAAUUGAUCGUACGGAUAUUGUGAUGAAGCACAAGUUAGGCGGUGGCCAGUAUGGAGACGUGUAUGAAGCGGCGUGGAAGAGGUGUAAUAUGACCGUCGCAGUUAAAACCCUAAAGGACGAUACUAUGGCUCUUAAAGACUUUCUCGAAGAGGCCGCCAUUAUGAAAGAGAUGAGACACCCGAAUUUAGUCCAACUUUUGGGAGUCUGCACACGUGAACCACCCUUCUACAUCAUCACAGAAUUCAUGAGUAGGGGAAAUCUCCUUGAUUAUCUUCGUACGGGAAAUAGAGACCAUAUAGAUGCUGUGGUACUCAUGUACAUGGCCACGCAGAUCGCUUCGGGUAUGAGUUAUCUCGAAAGCCGAUCUUUCAUUCACAGAGACUUGGCGGCCCGCAACUGUCUCGUUGGUGAGAAUCAUCUAGUGAAGGUGGCCGAUUUUGGAUUGGCGCGUCUCAUGCGUGACGAUACAUACACUGCCCACGCCGGUGCCAAAUUCCCUAUAAAAUGGACAGCUCCAGAGGGCCUGGCGUAUAACACGUUCAGCACCAAAUCUGAUGUUUGGGCUUUUGGUAUACUUCUAUGGGAGAUUGCGACGUACGGAAUGUCACCAUACCCCGGCGUCGACUUGGCUGAUGUCUACCACAUGCUUGAGAAGGUAUAA